CUCGCGCAGAUGAGAGCCACAUCUGGCGGAUUGUAAAUAGGCUCGGUCGAGAGAAAGACACUGGCACUUCCGUUUGAGGUGUGUUUAGGUGAGAUACCAAUCGCGAUGGCAGAGUCUGAAUGAGCUUCUCAGCACUCGCGAGAGCCGCGCGGCAAAAGCCCAUGAUGUGAAAAAAACUACGUGGUCUCGCGUAACAAGAGGACAGACCUUCUAAUGUUUUAAAGAAAAAACAUGAAGGAGUGAUAGAGGAAGGGUGGAUUCUUUGUAUUUUUCCUUCUAGCUGGCUGAGCAUUUUUAAAAUCAUGCAACAUGAAUGUAACUAACAGCACUGGAGCAGAGGGACUCGCGCCCUGGAACUUUAACGGUUCAUUGAGCAACUCAUCCAGUGAUGCCAACCUCAGCUGUGACAGUGGCAGUGCUAAUGGCACAUGUGCAGCGGUUGAGGCAGACGCUGGGAGCCCGUACAAGGCAGUGGAAAUGGUCUUCAUUGCAUUGGUCACAGGAUCCCUCAGUUUUGUCACUGUUGUGGGUAACAUCCUUGUCAUGCUCUCGAUCAAGGUCAAUCGGCACCUGCAGACCGUCAACAAUUACUUCCUAUUCAGCCUGGCCUGUGCUGAUCUCAUCAUUGGUGCGUUUUCCAUGAACCUUUACACUGUCUACAUCAUCAAGGGCUACUGGCCACUCGGCCCUGUAGUGUGUGACCUGUGGCUAGCACUGGAUUAUGUGGUCAGCAAUGCCUCUGUUAUGAACCUGCUAAUCAUCAGCUUCGACCGAUACUUCUGUGUGACCAAACCCCUCAGUUACCCCACACGCAGAACCACCAAGAUGGCAGGACUCAUGAUCGCCUCUGCCUGGAUCCUAUCCUUCAUCCUGUGGGCUCCUGCAAUCCUGUUCUGGCAGUUCAUUGUAGGAGAACGGACCGUCGAACCAGGCGAAUGUUACAUCCAGUUCCUUUCCAACCCCGCUGUGACGUUCGGCACAGCUAUCGCUGCAUUCUACCUGCCAGUGGUCAUCAUGACAGUGCUGUAUGUGCACAUCUCUCUGGCCAGUCGCAGCCGUGUGUCCAAGCAGAAGCCCGAGGCCAAAAAUGAGAAGAAAAGCCCGAAGUCCAGCGGUCUGCUCAAGAGUCACCUCUUAAAGCAGAACAACAACAACCAGUCUCCUCCUAAGCCCAGCUUAGAUACCUGUUCUACUGUAGACACCAUGAAGAAUGGGAAGCUAGAUGAGUCUGUGGUGUCCACCAAAGCUGACUCUUGUGUGCAGCCAGAGGAAAAAGAGAGCUCAAAUGACUCCAGCACUGCCAGCAUAGCACCUAAAGAGCCCAAAGAAAGAGUUAACAGUGAGGCCACAUCAGAGGGCGGCUUGGCAUCUGCUGCAGCAGCUGUGCCUAAGCUCAACCCUCAAUCCAAAUGGUCCAAGAUCAAGAUUGUCACCAAACAGGCAGGAGAUGAGUGCAUCACAGCCAUUGAGAUCGUCCCACCAAACAGUACCGGCGAGAGGCGGUCCAUCCCUGUGAACCGCCCGCGCAAGGUGGCAAGGAAGUUUGCCAGCAUCGCUCGCAGCCAAGUGAAGAGGAAAAGGCAGAUGGCGGCACGAGAGAAGAAAGUAACAAAGACAAUCUUUGCCAUCCUGCUGGCCUUCAUUAUCACGUGGACGCCGUACAACGUGAUGGUGUUAAUCAGUACGUUUUGCCAGUCUUGUGUUCCAGACACAGUUUGGGCCAUUGGCUACUGGCUCUGCUACGUCAACAGUACCAUCAACCCUGCUUGCUAUGCGCUCUGUAACGCAACCUUCAAAAAGACCUUCAAAAACCUUCUCAUGUGCCAGUAUAAGAACAUUGGCACCAGAUGAGCAUAGAGCAUAGGCAGCCAACAGUCUCUGGAGAUGUGUGCAUGAUUUGGAGGGUGCAAAGGCUGUCCCAGCCCUUUGGCCCCCUUGAACCUAAGAAGGUACUGUGCGGUACAUUGUGAGGCUUCAUAAUCCCAUAAUGAUAAAACAUUUUGCUGCACCCUAACCAAAAGAAUCAUUGCUUACAGAAGGAUGGUGGGGUUGUAACAAGAGACAAAAGAUGAGAUCAUGAAACAAAUCAAGUUAUCUGAUCAUUGCUGCACUGCCAAGAUCUUUGGAACUCUACACUAGAAAGACAUGAAGAUCAGACCAAUCAAAGUUCCUAGCCAGCAUUAGGUUAGAGAGUCAGUCACAUCUCAUCAUCAUUCUCAACAGUGGAAAGUGAGAUCUGUAGUAAAGAUUAAAGUAUAAACCAAUAGAAACAUAAGGAAAAAUGUUAUGAACACGAUGAAUUAAGGGAUUGCAUUCAUACCCCUAGCACAGCAUAAAUGUUAAAAAUCAAGUCCUUUCGGUUAGUAUUAUCCACAUUAACAGUACAGUGUUUCUGACUCUGACCUCAGAUUCCCUGUAAACACAGAGACAGAGAUGAAUCCAGAAUAUUAUGGUUGUGAUUGGAGAACAUAUCACAGCCAUUCAAAGACAUAAUGAAUUAUGGAAAAACUUCUUGUCUCACUGUCCCUGAAGUUGUUGUUUUUUCCUAUAUCUGAACCAUAUACAUAAAAAGCAUAAUGAAGUAAGGUUUGCUGACGGACCACAACAGCUGUGUCGUCCAUCACAUUCAUACCAAGACAAAUUCAGGUCAUGUGGUUGAGCCUUGGAGAAGUUAGUCUUAUCUUUAUCCUUUUAGUGUGAUCUUCUUAAGCUUCUGGAAAAGGUUGAAAUUUAAAAGGAUCUCCUCAAUGGAUUAAGAUAUGCAUUAUGGACUUUAAAUGGGAUAAGACACUUUAGACUGAGCUAUGAGAAAUGUUGGUGUAAGGUUUUGACCUUACAGAGGUUUGUAAAUAUGUUUAGUUUACAUAAUGAAUAUAUGCUCUUGAAAGUAUUAUUUCUUCCCUGCAUUUAAUGUCUGGAUGUUUGUAUUCCUCUUGUAUUUAGUUGGUGAUUUUCAUGUGAUUUUACAAAUUACAUUUUAAAUGUAUUGCUGUCUGUAUGCAAAACUGUUGAAAUCAUUUAUAAUUUGUGAUAUACUUGGGGAAAAGUAGUAGAUGACUUGUACAUUUAUUUAAACUAUUUAUAAGAUGUUCAAUUUCAAGCAUUUCAUUUAAAUUGGGGCAUAUAUAGUAGGAAUGUCAGCAAAUUUGAGAAAUGGAAAAUUGGUUUUAUUCCCACAUCUAAAACAAACUCUUCAUUCAGCAAAUAUUCACUUCAUAAUAUUGUAUGCUCAUAGUGCAAUAUAGUUUAUUCAAAAUGUGUGCUUACUUUGUAUUUAAAUAUAAAGUUUGUAAUUGAUGAAACAGCACGAUUAAACCUGAGGGAAUUAUAUAAAGAUAUUUUGUCAGAAUUAGCACAAAGGGAGACAAAUGUGUUGGGGCUUGUGUUGCUACAUUACUAACAAGCUGCCAUUUCAGUAAUUACAGACUGUACUUAAACCAAAGAAGUCAUAAAACUCUUGUCUGUUAUUAGGCCUGGCCUGAACAUUUGCAUCAUUUUAAGAUGCAUAGACUUGCCUCUCUAACGUCUUGCGUUUGGUUUUAUGUUUCUACCUCAUAAUCACAUUUUCUUUUAGAGUCUGCAUCUCUAAACCAGCUCUGAAUCUCUUUUAAACAAGUGGUAAAGACAGACUAAGUGACUCUUAUGCCAUUGCAAAGAAUCUAAAACCAGAUUUCCAUUCUUCCAAAUUCAUGUUUAAAAUGUGCCAAUUGCUUCUGGUCUUUUUCUUUUGGAAAUGAUACAUUGACUGAUGAAGUAGGGCUGUUCACACCAGCUAAAUUCUUUGUCAUUUAUACAAAGAUGUGUUUUUAUUACGAGAAGACUCACCAAACAGAGAUACAAAUUAUCUAAGAAGGCAUCCCUUAUUGUUAUUUCUAGUGGAAUUAAAUGAACAUGUGGUUUGAUCUAAAGCAAUGGGAGGAAUUGCAUCUCUCAAAACAUUAUUAAAACAUUUCUCUAUAAUGUCAACUCUUUGUUUGAACGUCCGGAGGAAGUUCAAUCAUGCAGUCAGAUCUAUUUCUAAAAAUUGCCCUUCUGUACAUCUGAAAAUAGCAAAGGUCUAUCCUUAGCACUUGUAAGAUGACAAAUGCAGCAAAAUGACUUUGCUCAUUAUACUCUAUUUCCACUGUUUGUUUUUUUUUUUUAAAUCAGGGAGGCUACAGUUUUAUUUCAAAUGUCUACACAAUUUUCCAUGGGAUUCAUGAAGGUAUCUCCUGUAUAUCAGUACCAGCUUAAGGGGAAGAAUAAACUUGUUAUCCCAGAUGAGAUGAUAGAAUGAAAACAUUGUAAAAAUGGACUAAUCUGCUGCCAUUAUUGAGCCAGUGUACAUAAGAGUGUAUGGUUCUUUUUUCUAUUGCAUAAAGCUUAAUAAAGACCUUAAGCUCACUGACAAUAAUGGAAGAACAAUGAUUACACAGUGCACUUUCACUAUGAAAUGCACUCGGCCAUCUACUGUUUGAAUAUUUAAAGUGGUAUCGUAAAGUAGUGUUGUUUCAAAUGGAAUACUGAUUUUUGUGUAAUACACAGAUGAAUUCGCAGUUUGUCAGCUGACGGAAAGUGACGUUUCAAAUGCGCAAUGCGUUACUGCUAGCUUUAGCGUGAAAGCAAACUUACUACAACAUUUAUAUCUCAAAUAAUGUACUUAUUUACACAUAUUGGGUUGAUGGUAAAGCAUUCAACUCAUAUUAGCAAGGUGUUAUUAGUUGUCACAUUCAUCCAAAAUUGGAAAAUUUAUCCAAAAACAAAAAUUCUAUCCUCAUUUACUCACCCUCAUGCCAUCCCAGAUGUGUAUGACUUUCAUUUUUUUUGCAGAAAAUUUUAGAAGCAUAUUUCAGCUCUGUAGGUCCUCACAAUGCAAGUGAAUGGGAAUUUAUAUUUAAAUAUGGAUCUGUUUCUCACCAACACCUAUAAUAUCACUUCAGAAGAUAUAGAUUUAACCACUGUCCUAUGGAAAACAUUUAUGCUGCCUUUAUGUGCAUUUUGGAGCUUCCAAAUUUUGGUCACCAUUCACUUGCAUUGUAAGGACCUACAGAGCUGAAAUAUUCUUCUAAAAAUCUUCAUUUGUGUUCAGCAGAAGACAGAGGAUCAGGUUCAAUCCAGGAUCGCGGUCGUGUCUAGAAAGUAAACACCAGGAUGCUAAAAGUCUCGCGAGAAUCGCAAACAAUGUGAAAUGGAAUGGAAACACAAUGGAAACCCUACACCUGCCCCUAACCCUAACAGCAAAUGCGACUCUAGCGAGACUUUGGCAUCCUGAUGGUUACCUUCUAGACACAGCCCAGGACCACGGCCAGGUAACUCCGCCCCUUCUGCAACGCAGGGCAUUCCAUGACCUCAUGAAGUGUCCAACAUUCCACACUCUGUUAUUGUGUGAAAAA